CCCUCUCCCUCUCCCUUGGCAAUGAUAGUUGCCCCACUCCGGGUAUGGGUGGGCGCACAGAAGCGCAUGUGUGUGUGUGCGUUCAGGUGUGAGUGUUGGCCUUGGAGCUGGACUCAGACAGAAGUCAGCACCCGGACAGUGUGGCAGGCGAAGAGCAGGUCAGAGCUCUCUGAGGGGGCCCUGACUGCUGACCAUGGGGCCAAUGCACUGAGGGCCCCCCAGACGAAAUAUAAAAACCAAAGAGGAACGUAAAAUAACCAAGAGGAAGAGGAAAAGCUAAAAAAAAAAGGAAAAAAAAAGACGACAAACAGAAAAGAACAAUGGUUGCAGAGGAAGUGAUAAUUACAUUGUCCGGUGGAGCGCCGUGGGGCUUUCGUCUCCAGGGAGGUGUGGAACAUCAGAAACCUCUCCAGGUGGCUAAGGUGCGUAAACGCAGCAAGGCAUGCAGAGCUGGGCUGCGGGAGGCUGAUGAGCUGGUGUCCAUCAAUGAACAGCCAUGUGGAACGCUAUCCCACGCUCAGGCCAUGAACCUCAUCGACAGCUCCCCUGGGGUGUUACACAUACGGGUCAAAAGGGCACCUGCAGGUUUUCAGUCUGUGGUGCUUGUGACCCGUGCCCCAUCUCCCCGUAUAGACAAAGAGUAUCGCGCUGCUCUGCAAGCCAUGUCACCCACCCACCCCCACCAUGCACCUGUCCGAGAGGUCCACCGUAGUCGCUCCUCCCUAACCAGUGGCUUGACAUCUCCACCUGGAAGUGAGGCUUACUAUGGUGAGACUGAUAGUGAUGCAGACGUGGCGGGCUAUGAGAGGCAGCGCCGGCAGAAACGCCGCAGCCCCAGCAAUUCCAACCCCGGGAAGCCGGCAGGACGAGCCUCCCCUGAGGGUGGAGAGACCUCAGAGAUGAGUGGCUAUGACAGCGCUCCAGAUGCCCACGUUUACCCCACUUUGCUGGAUGGACGCGGGGGAGAUGGAGAUGGAGGAGCAGGGCUGCCAGGGGUGGCAAGGAGGGAGGUGAUUUAUCAGCCUCCUGGUCCAGGAAUGUGGUCCUCCCAGACAUCCACUGAGACCUCCUCCAUCAUCUCCUCAGCAGAUGACCAGGGGCCACGGGAUGGAGGGCAAGAAGAGGACAGUGGCUUUCUAGAGAUAGCUAAUGUGCCGCUGGUAUCCCCUGAGAGAGCAAAGGAGGCCCUGAUGCUGGGCUCCCGCAGCCAGCUUGUGCCUAUGGUGGGUCCUGUGAAUAAACCUAUUGAUGAGGAGCUUACGACAACCUACAUGGAAAAGGCCAAGCAAGCCAAACUGAAUCGAGGAGAUACACAGCAAGACAAGCAUGUAAAGGAAGCCAAAAGCAAGUGCCGAACAAUUGCAUCCCUGCUGACUGAUGCUCCAAACCCUCACUCCAAGGGGGUACUGAUGUUCAAAAAGAGGCGGCAGCGCUCUAAGAAGUAUACCCUCACCAGCUUUGGUAGUGUGGAUGAGGACAGGUGUCAGGACUCACAAGAGGAGGAUGGUGUAUUCCCUGGCAGCGAAUCAGAGUUUGAUGAAGAUGGCUUCUCUUCAGUUCCUGACCCAACUUGGGAUAGUGACUACUUGGAUAUGCUGGAAAAGAGGGCAACUGCAGGCACUGAAGGUCGUGGGGAUGGGGCAGAGGAUGCUCCGAGUCCAGGGUUGAGUGAAACUGCAGGCAAGGGUGCUCAACUGUUUGAACAGCAGAGGAAGAGAGCUGCUGAGCAUGCCAAGAAGGUGGAGGCAGCACAACCUCAGGUUCCUCCACAAUCUCAAAUCCAAGAACAGGCUCAGAUGUGCCAGUUGCAUGCAGGGAUACAAUCGGAGAUACAACCAAACCUCCAGCCUCAGCAGACGAUACCACCUGGGCCUACAACCAGGCAGCAAGAACUCUCCCCAGCAACAGGGCCAGCUGCUGCUGGCACCCAUGCAGUGUCUAAUGGGGACCUAUCCUACUCUACAGUUAGCACAGCUAGCAUGGUGAUGUCACCUCCACCUGUGGCACCCAAACCAGCCACUGCUUCAGUGACUAUUCUGACCAGUCCUGCACAACCCCCUGAAACACCAUUACCAGAACUACCUACUAGUAAUGUUCUCAACAGAACAGCACGUCCCUUCACUCCUGGCUUCAUCAGCAUCCGAGCUGCAACUGCCCCAGUAACGUUUCGACCACCGAUCACAAAAACGACCCAGCGCCCUGCUUCAGCAGCUGUUGUGCCACCACCGUUCUCCACUGCAUCUGAACUACCCAUUAAUGCUGUAUCUGCUACGUCACAACUAUCCCCAAGUGCUCCAUCAGUGCUCUUCCCACUAUCCUCUGUACCUCCAGGUCCCUUGGCUACAACCCUAGAAACUCCAGUUACCUUUCAUCCUCCAGCCACCUCUACCUCUGUAGAGACAAUGCAGUCAGCACCAUCAGUAACAACUGUUCAUCAGGCUCCAUUUUCAACUGCACCUCCACUGUCUAUGCCUUCCAUACAAGCUCCACAAGCACGAGUGAUUCCCACUUCUGUUCCUCCUGUAUCCCAAAUUCCUGGUUCAGCUGAUACAACUGCUCCAGUGCCUGUAUUUCAAGUGCCAGCUGCUCAGCUACCUCCACCUCAAUUUUCCAUGGCACCAGUAGCUCAAGCAUCAGUGGUCACCCAACCAGAAGUUGUAGCUCCAACACCUGUUCCUGGUCCAAUGGGUCGCACAGGAAUCUUGCUUGAGGCUCGGCGGCGCGGUGCCAAAGUCAAACCUAUGUUCAAUGUGCCAGAUGUCAAAAAGAACUCCCCCAAUCCUGAGCUAUUGUCUAUGGUGCAGAACCUGGAUGACAGGUCCAACCGACACAACUAUGGCCAACCACCCACUGAGGCUAACUAUGAUGCUGCAGAGGAAGAGAGGAGUGGUGAGGCUGGCAUGGGGAGGGUGCCUCCUCCAGUGGCACCCAAGCCUCGGGUCAUCCACGAAGCCCCACAGAUUCUUCAAGCAGGGGGUAAGGGGGCUGAGCUGUUUGCCCGCAGGCAGAGCCGCAUGGGUAUGUACGUAGUAGACACCCCACCGGAGACCCCUUACCAGCAGGAAGUGGCCAUGCACAGUGCAGCCCAACCCCUUGACUCUUCUCUCAAUCCUUCCUUCCCGAGUCAGUGGAAGUACUCCCCGAAUGUCCGUGCCCCUCCACCCAUUGGAUACAAUCCACUCCUAGCCCCUUCUAUCCCUACAGGGCCUCAGAGGGAUACAAGAAAGCUAGACAGCAGGGGUACAGGAGGCUCCCAAAGAGAGGGCAUCAAAGCUCUGGAUUUUAUGAGAAGGCAGCCCUACCAGCUCAACUCUGCCAUGUUCAACUAUGGAGGCAGUGCUACUAAUCUAUCAGCCAUGCCUUCUUACCAGGCCCAGAGGCAGCAGCAGGGAGAGUACUCAACAACAAUGGUGGGCAGUUCACUAACUUCACCUAAGCAGAUCCCCAUCAAAACAGCCCGCGUCUAUGAAAUCAAGCGAUUCUCCACACCCACACCCAUGUCAGCUCCCACUUUGGCUCCAAAAGUCAUUGCACCCCGCUCAGCCACAACCCUUGGAGAACGUUUGACUCACUCUGGCAUGACCUCCCCACCUCAUGCUCCAUUCACUCCCAGCUCGGCCUCUCUCUUGACGCCAGCACCGGUCAGUGCCCCGACCCCAGCUUCACCUCCCUCCCAACCAGCUGGACUGCCUAGCCUCCCAAAAUUCUCUGCUGGUCCUUUUCCAAACCCUGUGCCCCCUGCAGUCGCUACACCUUACACUCCAGUUUCCUACACCACUGGGCUCCAGGGAGCCAAGCAGUUCCAGAGCGCUCCUGAGCUCAGUAUUCUUUCCUCUCUGCCCUCACUCAAGUCCAGUCCAGUUCAAGCACCCAAACCGCGUUUCGUUGCCACCAAGGGAGGUGUCCAGCCCCGUGUCUGGAGGCCAGGGGCAAUGUGAACAGCUUUGGACAUCUUCAUGUACUAUGAAUUUAGUGCUGACAUGACUAGUUGAUUGACAAAAAAUUAGUCAACAACAGUUAUGUUAAUUGGUUCAUUAUUUAGGGCAAGCAAAAAUGCCAAAAUCCAAAUGCCCCAGUCUCUCUCAAAUGUGCCAAUUUUCUGUUUUUCUUUUAUUAGAUCUUUGUAAAUGGAAUAUCUCAGGGUUUUGGGUGGUUGGUCGAACAAAAACAAAUGAAAAUUCAGCCCUUGAUUUAAGACAGAUUUUUAGCUGUAAACAUAAAGUGAUGGCGUGAUUCUGUAUAACAUUAAAAUCCAGAAACCAGUCACGUUUUUAUUAAAGGUGUUCGUAUUUGAUUAAUGUUAACACAUCAUCAUAAUCUACUUGCUGUUCAAAAUGCUGCUUAUCACAUGUUUUUUGCUACCAACACAUUUAUUCACACAUUAUCCAAAGGACAAUAAUAAUAAAAGGGAGUGUUAGCACAUACUGUAUGCUGUAUAGUCCACCAUAUGCCUGUCCUGGGGGAGGUUUGUGUAAGGCUACUGGAGAUCUCUUUCUACUAAUUAAGCAGAAACACCAUCUAAACAGAGCCUGUACUGAAUUAUUCUUUGAAACUUGAAGUGUCUGAAAGAUGUUGAAAAUGAAUAGUUGCAGUUCUGACCAUAGGAUUAAAUCACUGAAGAUGUAUGUUGUAGCAUGUUGACAGGUGGAGGUGGAUAAAGGCUUUUAUCUUUGAACAUGUAUUCUGUUAUUCAGUAUUUGUCCUACUAAAUGAUGUGCACAAAAUGUUUUUUACCCACUGUCUGCAGCAUUAUCAAGAAGAAACCUAUGAUGACCUAGUCUCCAGGGGUUGAAGUGAUGCAUAACCAGUUGAAAAUUGUAAAAUGAUUUUAAACGCCUUAGCUCACUGUGGAACUAUAUGUGAAGACAAGGCUUACUCUUGAAAUGCGUUAGUGAGGUUGUGCCAAAUACCUCUGCUCACUAUAGCCGGAGAGCGAAAUGCUAUCUUUUUAGCAUGGGUCACAUUCAACAAGUGCCCAGGCUGUCACUGAAUGUACACUUGUCACUGGAUAUCACAGCUUCCAAUUGCCACUUAGGCACACCAGAGUCUUCCUAGUAUCAGUGUGAUCUUUGCAGAUAUAUGUAAAUUCUUUAACUUUUAUUAAACAAAUAACACAGAUGAAGGAAUGUGUAUUUUGUUUUGUUUAAUUGCGAUUCAAUCUGAAUGGGUGCAAAGGGAAGUUGAUAAACUGAGUGCUGCAUUUGCAAAAAGGGUUCAAGGAAUGAAAGUGGCUGUGGGGAGGAGGUAUGGGAAUGGGAAUCCCAGAUGGAACAUUUUAGGUCACAGUCCAUUUCACAGAAAAGUUCAUGAUCAGAUGUAGUAAAACCGAGACUUAUGAUUAUUUAUAGUUUUGAAAUCCCACAGCCAGAGGAAAUUAAAGAAUGAUGGCUAAGAAAGUUUGGCACCUGAAGUGUAUUGGAGAAGCUAAAGAAGCUGAUAGAAAGAGGCACAGAAGUUUUUCCAUUAACAAUGGAAAAAGUAAAGGAUUAACAUAUUUAAUGGCUAUAUACCUUGACAAAACUGAGUAUGUUAAUGGAAACAAAUAAGAAAGAAAGAAAUGAAGAUGUUGUGUUCAGAUGUGGAAUUCAUGGGGAGAUACUUUUGUUAUUUUUUACCAUUUUUAAAAUAUAAUUUCUCUUACAGCUCUUUCUUGUUUUCAUAAUAUUAUGGCUACAGAAUUUUUGUUGUGGAUAUAGUUAUGUUGAGGUGUAAAAUACGAUAAAUACAUAUGUCUGAAUGUAGCUGCAUUAAAUAAUAAGUGUGAAAUGUUUGUUAUUAAUGCUUAGUAGAAGUUUUUACUGACUGAGAGACGAGACAUUUUUAGAAGAAUAAAAUUAGAUUUGAAAGCUC